GGCGCCCAUCGAGGUACAGCAGGAAAAGUGGGGGCGAGGGAAGCAGCCCUGAGCGCAGAGCGAGGCCGGGCUCCCGCGGCCGCGGCGCCGUCUCCGCGGGCGCUCGGCUCCUGCGCCUUCACUUUCGCGUGUGAAUCUGGCUCGCCCCUCCGUAUUAUGUCUGCACUCCGAAGGAAAUUUGGGGACGAUUACCAGGUAGUGACCACCUCGUCCAGCGGUUCGGGCUUGCAGCCCCAGGGGCCGGGCCAGGGCCCGCAGCAGCAGCUGGUGCCCAAGAAGAAGCGGCAGCGGUUCGUGGACAAGAACGGCCGGUGCAAUGUGCAGCACGGCAACCUGGGCAGCGAGACGAGCCGCUACCUCUCGGACCUCUUCACCACCCUGGUGGACCUCAAGUGGCGCUGGAACCUCUUCAUCUUCAUCCUCACCUACACCGUGGCCUGGCUCUUCAUGGCGUCCAUGUGGUGGGUGAUCGCCUACACUCGGGGCGACCUCAACAAAGCUCACGUCGGCAACUACACGCCCUGCGUGGCCAAUGUCUAUAACUUCCCCUCCGCCUUCCUCUUCUUCAUCGAGACCGAGGCCACCAUCGGCUAUGGCUACCGCUACAUCACCGACAAGUGCCCCGAGGGCAUCAUCCUCUUCCUCUUCCAGUCCAUCCUCGGCUCCAUCGUGGACGCUUUCCUCAUCGGCUGCAUGUUCAUCAAGAUGUCCCAGCCCAAGAAGCGCGCGGAGACCCUGAUGUUCAGCGAGCACGCGGUGAUUUCCAUGCGGGACGGCAAACUCACGCUCAUGUUCCGGGUGGGCAACCUGCGCAACAGCCACAUGGUCUCCGCGCAGAUCCGCUGCAAGCUGCUCAAAUCUCGGCAGACACCUGAGGGUGAGUUCCUUCCCCUUGAUCAACUUGAGCUGGAUGUAGGUUUUAGUACAGGGGCAGAUCAACUUUUUCUUGUUUCCCCCCUCACGAUUUGCCACGUGAUCGAUGCCAAAAGCCCCUUUUAUGACCUAUCCCAGCGAAGCAUGCAAACUGAACAGUUCGAGAUUGUCGUCAUCCUAGAAGGCAUUGUGGAAACAACUGGGAUGACUUGUCAAGCUCGAACAUCAUACACUGAAGAUGAAGUUCUCUGGGGUCAUCGUUUUUUCCCUGUAAUUUCCUUAGAAGAAGGGUUCUUUAAAGUUGAUUACUCCCAGUUCCAUGCAACAUUUGAAGUCCCCACCACACCUUACAGUGUGAAAGAACAGGAAGAAAUGCUUCUUAUGUCAUCCCCUUUAAUAGCACCAGCCAUAACUAACAGCAAAGAAAGACAUAAUUCUGUGGAUUGCUUAGAUGGCCUAGAUGACAUUAGUACAAAACUUCCAUCCAAGCUGCAGAAAAUGACGGGAAGAGAAGACUUUCCCAGGAAACUCUUGAGGAUGAGUUCUACAACCUCAGAAAAAGCCUACAGCUUGGGAGAUUUGCCCAUGAAACUUCAACGAAUAAGCUCAGUUCCUGGCAACUCAGAAGAAAAACUGGUAUCUAAAGCCACCAAGAUGUUGUCUGAUCCCAUGAGCCAGUCAGUGGCUGACUUGCCACCAAAGCUGCAAAGGAUGGCUGGGGGAGGAGCCAGGAUGGAGGGGAAUCUCCCCGCCAAAUUAAGGAAAAUGAACUCUGAUCGAUUCACAUAACAAACACCCUCUUAGGCAUUAUUUACUGUGGGAUUUAGUAAUAAUCUAAUAUUUGGCUGAUGAGGGAAUCCUCUCUAAGGAAUCUGAAAGGUACAUUUCCUCCCCAGUCAGAUAUGCUUAUUUGAGAAGCCUUAUUUCCCAAGUACUACUACUGUGCAGAAAGCAAACGUUGUGAAGGGAGGGCAUCAUAAGGAAAUUCCUACUAACGGGCAUGUAUUAUCACAUCAUGCAUGCAAUAAUGUGCAAAUUUUGCAUUUAGUUUUAUGGCAUGAUUUAUAUAUGGUAUAUUUAUAUUGUAUAUUCUGGAAAUAUAUAUAUAUAUAUAUUUAAAGGGGUGGUAUUCUCCAUGACAUUUCUAAUAUGUAAAUUAAGCCGAAGAUGAAUAGAUAUCUUUCAGGGCGAUAAAACUAUAUAUAUGUAUGUAUAUGUAUAUACACAUAUAUACAUAUAUAUGAACACACACAUGCAUACAUACAUAUAUAUCUGAUAAAAAUUGUGAUGUUUUGUUCAGAGUUGUAGUUCUUGUGCAUGUUUACUUUAUUAAGCUAGGAAGGCUACUGGCAUUAAUUAUUAAUACCAAAUAUUUUAGCCUUAAAUUAUUUGUCAUUUUUAAAAUCUAAUUUAAUGUUUUCUGCUGUUUAAGGUCCUAAAAGGGUUUCAAUUGUACUUUAUAUGAGGGAGUCACACAAGUCUGUGCUAUUUAUGGCCCUGCCAAAAUAUAACCAUUAUAUAUUUAACUUGUAAAUUUUAGAGUAUAUCAAUAUGUUGAAGAUUUUUUACAAUUUUUAAAACUUGCUAGUAUUGGGGGGAAAUAAAGAUAAAUAAAUUUGAGAAUUGGUCCUCUCCUGGACUAAUUAAAAUCUGGACACCUGUUUUGUAUAUGAUUUAACACAACUGUGAGCUCUGAACAAAUGUUGAGUCAUUGUGAUAGUCAGUAGCCAAGUUAUACUGAAUGCAGAGAAUGUGUGAAAUUACAUAAUUAAUGGUCCCUGUUUCAAAAUGAGUCAAUUUCCACUUUGUUUCUGAAACUUCUGUCAUUUCAAAAACCAAUAAUUUUUUCUUGCGGAGACACAACAAUACACUGAAAGAGAUGAUAAAUAUUUAUGUUUUAAAUAUAUAUGUCUUAUUGAGUGUCUUCUUUUCUUUCCAGAGAUUUCUUUUAUUUUAAAAAUUUUAAAGACAUUUUUAUUGAUUUCAGAGAGGAAGGGAAAGGGGGAGAGAGGUAGAAACAUCAAUGAUGAGAGAGAAUCAUAGAUCAGCUGCCUCCUGCAUGCCCCACACUGGGGAUCUAGCACACAACCCGGGUAUAUGCCCUCACUGGGAAUCAAAACCAUGACCUCCAGGUUUCUAAGUCAACGCUCAACCACUGAGCCACACAAUUUGGGCUAAUUUUAUUUUUUUAUUACAGUUUCCAUUCAACACUUUUGUGUGUGUGUGUUAGUUUCAGGUGUACAGCACAGCAGAUGGACAUUGAUACAGUUUACAGAGCGCUCCCUCCGAUUCUCUUUUCUUAUGCCUUUCUUUUGUUGAUGGCAUUAGUUGUAAUAGGACAGACUUGUUUCCUCACCUGGGGAACCUAUCCUAUCCAACACCUGUCACUCAGUUUGUGACAAAUGUUUUGUACAUACUUGAGAGAAUUUAAAAUUUGAUGAAUUGAAAGUAUUUUACCCAUCCAUUUUUUUUUUCUUUUUUGAUGUUAUUGUUUGGUUGGUUAAACACUGAUUUCAUUGGUAUAUUGGAUCCCUGGCCUACCAAAAUAAUUUUAGCAGUACUAUUUUUUAACCUUAAGGUUUUAUAUUUAUAAUUCAUUACAGAAUCAAAGCUAUUGCUUGGCAGAACAACUACAAAAUAAAGAUUUGGAAUGCAGAUAUUUUAGUGAAAAUUUAUAAGUGCUCUUUAUCAGAAUAUAAUGGAUUUUCCUAUAAAACUUUUUGAACAUUGCAGUGCAAGUCUGCCCAUAAUUAAUCUAUUUGUCCUUAUUAACAUGCAAAUCCUUAAUGGCUGGUUUGGGCACUCAUCAUUUCCUGUUUUUAGCAAUCUUGUGAUAAUUCCCUUAUUGGAAAAUUAUUACAUCAACAAUUCAAUCACUGAUUACAAGAAUACCUUCUGGCUACCUCUGUAUCAACCAAAUUCUGUAGGUGCAAACAUAUACCAGGGAAUUGUUACUGGCAAAAUGAUCAACCUUGAGCAUCCAUCCACUGUGAAUAAAGCUGGUUGCCCUACCCCUUAAUCUCUGAACUUUCCUUUUUGCUGGAUAUAAGAAGUGAAAUAGUAGCAGAAAGAGGAGUUGGGGGGGGGGGGGGUGGGGAGGGCGGAGUGGGAGGGGCUAGUAUAUUUAUUACCAGUGGAAGAAACUGCAUAGAUCAUUUAGCCCAAACACUUAAAACUAAAUAGAGCCAUAAUUCAGUUUGGAGAGCUAUUUUGUCUUUGAUACCAAGUAGAAUAUGGGCCCCAAAAUAAACUCUCCAAAGAUUUUCAUUAAUUCAUUUAACCUUUUUUUUUUUUUUUUUUUUUUGCAUGUUUUGUUUUUUUAUGUCCCAGGCAUUUCUCGCUCCUGGGGGAUUUGGGUAUGACUAAGUCAGAGGAGGUCACUGCCCAUUUGAACAAUGCAUAUCAGUAGGAGAAUGGGGAGGGGCACCGUGAGACAGACAAAAAACAAAUGAGGUGAUUUCAGAUAGUAACAUAUUACUUAAGGAAAGGAAAACAGGGUAAAAUGAAAAAAAUGACUGGGUGAAAUAAUAAUCAUUUUAGAGUAGGUUACUGGUUUAGGGAGGGGGUGAUACUUAAACAGAGACUUGGAUGAUAAGAAAACAACCCCUCUUGCCAAAAUUAAUAUUUCUUAGUGAAUGCUAUUUCUUUAUUUUUACCACGUAUGUAUGGGAAAGAUAUGAUUUCUGCAUGUAAUUGCAGUUUAACCCCUAUUGCUAAGUUGCUCAUAAGUCCCAGUUUCCAUUCAAGAGUGCCAGCUUGUCCUGUUGUACCUGUGUAAUUAUUAACAGCACUCCCUUUCACUCUUAGAGUGUCUUGGUUUGAAUGACAUAUUAUAUGGUGACUCUACAUUUUUGUUGAAACUAACUAAAUUAUAAAGUCUAAUAUAUUUGGAUAAAAAUAAAGAAUUGCUUUUAUUCUC